GCACCUCUGACGUCGGGGAAAAAACAGACACGGCCAUGGCCAGGAUUGUGGUGUCUCAAGUGUUUGUGUCGCAACCGAAAAAAGCUGGUUCCUGAAGACUAUUACGGAGCACCCUUUGAACUCAUAAUUUGACAAGAGCUGGCUGGAUCAUAGUAAAGUGUAUCUCACUGUUUUCAGACUCCUCAAUCCGCCGGGUUGCCUGCGAAAAGCACUAUUUUCGGCCACGUCCACACACGUUAUACGAGUUCGCCACCCUCCAUCUCAUGGCCUCAUCAGCUUGUUUCAGUUGGUAAACGAGUCACCACGCCGUGCUCCCGAGAAUGACCGCCAUCGAUUCUCAGCUGCUCGAUAGUGGUUGUUCCACAACAUCCACCUUGACGACUACAAGCACACCUCUCUCGAGUUAUCCUCAUCGUCGGAGCCCUGUGGAAUCUGACAGGAUUCGUGGCUCCCGAGACUUCCAUUCGUGUAACGAGGAACCUUCUCGCCGGAAUUCUGCGUUUCUCGAAGUUGGCCUGGGUGGUGAAGAUGCCAUUGUCGACUCGAAAUUAAGAAGAGAGUCACGGCCAAAGCUCCAAGUGCGCUUUCGAAACGACGUCGAUGUUGUCGAACCCGAAGUGAUUGACUGGCCCGAAACAUCCCCAGUUGACAGACCGUCCCAUCCGCCAAUGUCUCCAUACUUUCCUACGCUGCCCAGAUUACUCUUUUUAGCUCUCGUUAUCUUGCUGGUGGUUCCAAGUCUGCACCAUUCUCCGCUGUUGAUCGCCGGGGCGAAUCCCCUCAAUCGUGAAGCUGGAUCGUCAUUGGCGAAGGGCCCAUGGCUGGGGAACAAGAGGGAUGCACUUCCAGGAAACAUCAAAAGAGAGAACAGUGCAACAGACGUUUGCAAGAGGUGGUCAGGGCAGAGCGCCCUAGUCAACGGGACACUGUACUAUUACGGAGGAAGAGCAACCACCAGUGCUGACCAGACCUCAAAUGAAUGGAACAACGACUUCCUUACACUGGACCUGACAAAGCCCUGGCAGAUUUCAUCACCAUCACUGACGGGCCUGCCAAUCCCGAGCGGCCCACCCGCGAUAUCGCUUGGCUACUUGUGGAAUUCCUACGAUGCCCUAUAUCUAUACGGCGGCGAGUUUUCAGAUACGCCUGUUGCGUCUCCUGUACCCUUCUCCCUAUGGGCAUAUGACAUCUCUUCAUCGACAUGGUCGGAGUCGUCGAAUCCACAAACAAGUUCGGGGCGCAAUUCGGAGCCAGCAGGGCAACCAGUCCAACGUGCUGCAGAAGGUGCUGGGGUAUCGGUGCCGAAUCUAGGUCGAGGCUUCUAUUUCGGAGGCCAUCUCGAUUUUUUGACGACGGCCGGGUGGUCAGAGUCGGUGGCACGUGUCUAUCUUCGAGGCAUUCUUGAGUAUACCUAUCCCAGUUACAGCAAUGCUGCAGUGAAUGGUGGACAAAAGGCGGGAUCGUCGGGGAUCUAUCGCAACAUCACCCAGGGUGGUACUCAAGACUCGGCCGGCUUUCCAGAACGGGCGGAUGGAAUUCUUGUUUACAUUCCCGGAUACGGAAAAUCAGGCAUCAUCCUGGGCCUUGCGGGCGGUACGAAUGCGACAUUCACCCAGAUGAACGUAAUAGAUGUGUAUGACAUCGACUCUUCCACGUGGUACAAACAAGCCACCUCGGGACCGACGCCCGAUAUUCGAGUCAACCCGUGUGCUGUUGCGCUGUCUGCCGCUGACGGAAGCUCCGUUCAGGUCUAUAUGUACGGUGGUCAAAAUCUACUCCCUUACGGCCAGCAAAAGCAGUACGAUGAUAUAUGGAUCCUGACCAUACCAUCCUUCACCUGGAUUCAAGUCGACACCACCAACCAAGCCAAUCCACCUGCGAGAGCUGGACACAUGUGCAAUGUUUGGAAUGCUCAGAUGGUGGUCGUUGGAGGAUACGUCGGGCAGGAUCUUUCAUGCGACAGCCCAGGAGUCUACGUCUUCAACACCAGCUCCCUUCAAUGGCAGAGCGGAUACGUUGCAUUGCAGACAGAUGACAACCUCAACAGGCAGAAGAGCCAGCAAGAUGAUCCUUCGGCGUUGCAAGGGUCAUUUGGGUACUCAGUCCCGGAAGCAGUCCAGUCUGUGAUCGGAGGUAACGGCGUGGGAGCGGCAACUGUCUCUGCUCCCGCUCAGUCGGCCACUCAAGGACCGCUUGCAACGGGGACGCCACGCAUAUACACGGUCACGCAAUCCGGUGGAUCUGUAGCUACCGAAACUGCUGUGCCCACAGGAACGAGCGGGACCAGUGGUUCUGGCGGCAGCAGUGACAACGGAGGGUCCUCGAGUGGCGCCAAUAUCGGCGCCAUCGUCGCCGGAGUCAUCGCCGGAGUCCUCGCCGUUGUGGCCGCCUAUCUGGCCUUCUGCGUCUGGCUCUACCGCAAGCAGCUCAAGAUCUACAAGAACCACGUGACCAUGGCGCAAAGGCAGGAUCUCGCGGGCGAUCCACGGUUCAUUGGCGCCGGCUUCGCCGCGGGCGCGGGCGGGAGAUACACGGACAAAAGCCAGUCGAGCGACAGCCGCCACAGCGCGGACAAUCGCAGCGGAAGCAGCGGCGGCGGCGGCGGAGGAGGAGGAGGAGGAGGGCGCGCGAAUCAACUAUCCAGCAACAACCCUUACCGGAACGUGCCUGGGGGCGCUGGCUCCGCCACGGCGGCGAGCAGCACCGAAGACCUCAUGGCGGGCCAAGAGCCCAGUUUCCUGGGCGUGGUGCUGAACCCCCGGCGCAGUUUGCGGGUGGUGAACCGGGACUGAGGCUGUGCGCACCGCACCGCACCGCACCGCAACACCCACCCUCCGGCAACCUCCAUCUGGUUCUUUUUACGAUUCUUAUGAUCUGCGAAAACGGCAUUUGAAAGACCACAAAGGCACACGAUUUCUUUUGGGGAGAAAGAGGCAUUCGGAACAUGCAUGGAUUGAUGGACGACGGGAUGAUCUGUCCAAGAAUACAUAAUUUCAGGACCGGCAAUAAUGAACGUGCAGCGCCUUCGCUUCUGUACAUAUACCCUCUCAGCGAAUGGUGAACUCGUUACUACCUACCUAGCCUAGACACCUCCUUGAUGUGUGCAAUGCGUGAUCUUGAUUUGGGAUUCUUGUCCCCGUGCAGCGACAGAGCGGUAACCUCGUUAUCAAGUCUGGAAACUCCCUGACUACAUUGACACACGGUGCG